UUCUCUCUCUCUCUUUCUACUGAUCAUAGUGAAAAUGGAUGCUUCAAGAAAAUUGGCAACAAUUCUUUUAAUCAGUUUCUUCUUCAUUAUAGUACGGUCGGAGCUACCAGGAACAUGGGAGCUUGUAAUCCCCAACGCCGGAAUCGCCUCCAUGCACACCGCCGUAACAAGGUUCAACACGGUGGUUCUCCUCGACCGUACCGACAUCGGCCCUUCCCGGAAAAUGCUCCGUAAAGGCCACUGCCGUAACGAUCCUACCGACCCCAUUCUCAAACACGAUUGCUACGCUCACUCUGUUCUUCUAGACCUCACAACCAAUCAAAUCCGUCCUCUAAUGAUCCUCACCGACACUUGGUGCUCCUCCGGCCAGUUCCUACCGGACGGAACUCUGCUCCAGACCGGAGGAGACCUUGAUGGUUUACGUAAGUUAAGAAAAUUCUCUCCAUGUGAAACUAACGAAUUAUGCGAUUGGGAAGAGCUUACUGAGAUCAAACUCUCUGAAGGCCGUUGGUACUCCACAAACCAAAUUCUACCGGACGGAUCGAUCAUAAUCGUCGGCGGUCGUUUCGCUAAUAGCGUUGAAUACUUUCCCCCACGACCUGGAGGUGCAGUAGAGUUCAAUUUCCUUGCCGGUUCUAGAGAUAAUCAGAAUGAUAAUCUCUAUCCUUAUGUCCAUCUUCUUCCCGACGGAAACCUCUUCAUUUUUGCGAAUAGUAAAUCUGUACUUUACGAUUAUGGAAAUAAUAUUGUAUUGAGAGAAUACCCGGAGUUAAUGGGUGGCCCACGGAACUACCCGUCGGCGGGUUCGUCGGCGAUGAUGGCGCUGGACGGAGAUUACUCUACUGCAACGAUCGUUAUUUGUGGCGGGGCAGAGUAUGGCGCUUACAUAGAAAGGAAUACAGAGUCACCGGCACACGGCAGUUGUGGCCGGAUUGUGGCGACCCGACCCGAUUCCGUUUGGGAGAUGGAAGAUAUGCCGUUUGGACGGAUAAUGGGUGAUAUGGUUGUUCUUCCGACCGGAGAUAUUUUAAUCAUCAACGGCGCUCAAGCUGGUUCACAGGGGUUUGAGAUGGCGACGAAUCCUUGUUUAUACCCACUUCUUUACAGACCAGAUCAGCCGUUGGGUCUUCGGUUUAUGACACUAAACCCGGGAACCAUACCCAGAAUGUAUCAUUCGACUGCAAAUCUGUUACCAGACGGUCGGGUAUUGAUCGCCGGCAGCAACCCACAUUACUAUUACAAUUUUGAUAUGGAAUAUCCGACUGAAUUACGAAUAGAAGCUUUCUCACCGGAAUAUUUGUCGGGUGACAGGGCUAAUUUAAGGCCGGUAAUGGAGGAAUUGCCGUCGACGGUACGGUACGGCGAUAGAUUCGAUGUAGUCGUGUCCGUUACUCUGCCGGUGGUUGGAAUCGUGGAGGUGAAUCUGGCUAGUGCUCCGUUUGCGACACAUUCUUUUUCUCAAGGUCAAAGAAUGGUGAAAUUGUCUGUAACGAGCGCCUUGCCGGCGGCUAUGGUCGGAAGGUAUACCAUCGGAUGUACGGCGCCGCCUGAUGGAAGGGUUGCUCCGCCGGGCUAUUAUAUGGUCUUUGCCGUUAACCAGGGCGUGCCUAGUGUAGCUAGAUGGAUUAAAUUAAUUUCGUAAAAAAAUAAUGGAUUUAUUAAAUUUAUAUUCCUUGUUCCUAUUUUGUA